AUGAAAAAAAUUAUUAUAAUUUCAUUGGUUAUACUGGGACUUGCGGCGGGUGCUGGUUUGGGGGUGCUCAUAUGGUGGCUAGUCCGUAGUGAUAGUCCUUAUGAAACCAUUCUUCUAGAAGGAAAUUUGGGAGCUGUUAGGUCCACUGCAGCAUUUACCAGAAUUCACGGGCAUGGCGACAUGUUCUGGUGGUUCUACCCAUCCGUGGCCUCUUCCCCCAUGUCUCGACCUGUACUUCUAUGGCUCCAUGGCGUCACCGGGAUAGCUUCGAGCUAUCUGGCUAACUUCGGCAUGUUUGGGCCGUAUGACGCAAAUUUUGAUAGAAGACACGAUUCGUGGGUGAACGAUUACAACUUAUUAUUCGUGGAUGCACCUUUAGGAACAGGAUUUAGCAGCAGUAACUGGCAGAACACGUCUAAUACAGACUUCCCGGGAUUAGACGAGAAUGCUGAUCACUUGCUCCGAACACUUCAGUCCUUUUACGAUAUACACGGUGAAUAUAAAAAUGCACCCCUAUAUGUUUGUAGUCAGGGAGAUGGAUCACAACUAGCCCUAGCAUUAACUAUUAAAUUAAAUGAGGAUAACAGCUUCAAAGAUAGAUUCAAAGGAAUCAUUUUAGGGAAUCCUGUAAUUUCGCCAGCGUUAGCUCUUACAAAGUUAGGUUUUUAUUUAGAGGAGCUUGGCUACGUCGACGCUGCCGGCCGAGAGGCUAUUGAGAAUUUUUCUAAUGUUACAAGCUUACUAGUUGAGUCGGAACAGUUUCAAGAAGCCUUUUUAAAAUUCACCUUCCUUGGCAAAUAUAUUAACGAAAACACUGGAGCUGUAGCUGUUAAUUUGGCACACAUUGUUGAAAAGUUAUAUCGGAGCUCUCUUGAUAGCGAUUAUUUCGGAGUUAAAAGCUACCUUGAUAGUCUAUAUCCCACUGACACACAUAUAAACAAUUUCAUGGACACCGUCGGACGUGCUAUACUACACGUUCCUGACACCGUCAGAUACGAUGGACAACGUGAACUUGCGACAAACGCUUUUAUGGAAACUUAUAUGAAGCCCAUAGUGGACAAAGUGGAACAUAUUCUCAGUAACUCAGAUGUGACAGUCAAUAUCUACAAUGGCAACCUGGAUGCUGUUUCCAACACCCCCGGUCAAUUAGAAUGGGUCAACAGACUGUCAUGGCCAGGGCAGGCACAGUUUUUAAGUUCCCCAAGAGAAACUUUAGUUUUUAAUCGUCUUAUCGAGGGCUACUUCCGAGAGUCGAAUAGACUACGAUUUUACUGGUUAAACGUCGCAGGACAAUUGGCUCCAAUUGAUAAUCCCAUUGGAAUCAGAAGAAUUCUCAAUCGCAUUACAAAUAAUUAA